ACUUAAAGCUUUAAGGGGCGGUGUCCGACUGUCUGAUUAGAGGAGAGCUGGUGCGCACACAGGCUCCACUUUUACGCAUCAGUUGUUCGUGUAGGUGUCAAUGCCGAAGUUACCCCGGAUUUGGGUUUAUAUAGAAAAUAGAAAAUAUCACCAGCGUCUUUCUACCACAAUUUAGUAUAAGCACCAUCCAAACUGAGGCAUACACCAGCGGAGCGUGCGGAGCAAGUGGGCCAAGAGAAGUUUCCAGCAUGGGAGCGCAUGGAUGGAGCUCAGCGCGUCUUGGGUUUGUCGUUUGUGGAUAUUUAGCGUUUUUCUGCGGGGAAAUUGUUCCAAAGGCUGAAGCAGGCUGCUGGGACAGGGAGGUCCCAAACUGCUGCACCGGCCGGAACAACGAAUGUUUUGAGUACACCAAGAGAAAAACGGUGUGCUAUUGUGAUACCUACUGUCAGAAAACCGGAGACUGCUGCGAGGACUAUCAGCUUGUGUGCCAAAUAUCUGCAGCCAUUGACUGUGUGGUGGGAUCAUGGGGUCCCUGGUCAUCAUGCACAUCUACAUGUGGAGUUGGCAGCACAGAGAGGAGUCGCCAAGUGUCCGUUCCCCCUAGAAAUGGAGGCACGCCCUGUCCUGACCUCAAACAGCGUCGAGGAUGCUUUGGAAACAACGCCAUAUGCAGCACAGCGAAAGAGGUGGCAAAGAUCCUGCCUGACUCUUUCAAGAGGAACUUCAAGGACCCUUGGAGGCGACCACACAUGCUGAUGAAGGAGGAGAAGGCCAGUUACUGUGUGUACCUGCGGGUGAAACAGGCCAGUGCAGCAUGUAAACUGUGGAGUGCUCAUCUGGUGAGAGAGAGGCUGGUCUGUGCAGAGUGUCAGAGCGAUGCCAUGUCAAAGUCAGACCGCUGUGGAGGCGACGGCCUAGAGAGCACCAGAACCUUCUGGGCAGCAGCUUCAGUCCCGGGCUGUCAUGGCUCCUGGGUGCGAGAGUCAUCUUCUGAGGGUUGCCGGUGUCCUCCCUACUCCGUGCUUUUUGUGUGAGCCGACAAGAUUUCCCUCAACACCUCCUGCUAACUGUGGAGAGCCCUGCCAGCCAAGCCAGACCCCUCCGAACCAGAUUACUGGAUGGGUAACUCAAGGAGAUCAGCAACAUCCUGCCACUUUUUCCUUUCACCUCAUACUCUGUACUGUAUACACUAUUGCUAAGCACACAGAAAUUCCUGCAUUUAAUUUCAGAUUUUACAGCCACGUUAUGUGCUUAUUCUCCUCCAAAGCACAGCAACAUCUAUUUGCCUUUUUACCUCUGAAUCUUUGCUAUCUACCUCCAUCAAUGCAAGUACAUUUGUUAAUGCAUAAUGUAUAAAUAUAUAAAUAUAUUAUUUUGCUUUAUACAUUUUCUACUUUUGAUUGUUUAUGUGUUAUGUAUAUGUGUCUAUAUAGCUACACUUAUUUGUACCCAACUGUUUAAACACCAGACAGAAGUUGCUGCACCCAGUUUCAGCCCAAAUCCAAAGGGUCGUAAGUCACCUGCAGGUUGGAAAUGCUGAAAACUGGUUCAUCCAAAUUAUAUCCAUUAAGUCAAUAUAUCUGUGUUUUACAGUUUUUGCCUAUUAAUAUUUCUUUUCAACAAAUACAUUUAUACCGGCAAGUUAAGUUGAAUAUCAGGUAUUGAUUCUCAGGUGCUGAGAUUUGUGUCUUUGUCUCCCAUCAAGCUUCCUCUUUCAUGUCUGCCUCUUCUGAUGGUCAGUCACUGAUGUUUUUAGUAGUUUGAAAUCACUCAUAGCUGAAAUCAGUCCCAUCUGUUUAGACUUAAAAUUGUUGGAGAGGAAAAAGAGCCAUUUAAGAGAAUUUCACUGUGGUUCUCUCUGUCCUCUGUGUCCAAGACUGAAAAAAAACUGCGUCAUAGCUAUGUUUCCUCUCACCCCCAUCCCUUCUCAGAAACCCUGUUACCCUCACAUGGGAGUUUUAUCAGCAAUCAUCCAAUAUAACUAUCACAUUACUAGAGUGCCGUCAUCUGCAAUUGUUGUUCUCUGGUUCAGUACGCCUUCCCGCGUUUCUUGUACUGCUGGUUUAAGAGACAAGUGUAGUCCCAGUAAAGGGCUUUUCUCUCUGGAAAGCUGUGACUUUCUCUUUCUCUCCCAUGUCUGUGUCUGUGUUUGUGUGUUUAUUUAUUAUAAAACAAGUGAUGAUUUUAUUAGUGCAGCACAGCAUACUCUGUACACUGUCCAUUAGUGAAAAUAAACAACUAUACUGUCA